UUCGCAAUCUUUCGGGGUCUGUCGAAAUACUAAACAACAUUGAGAAUGGAGAGAAGAAAAGUGGAAGUGUUGAUACAAACUUGUACACCUUGGAAGCGCUCCAUUGAAGGCCUAUCCUGGAAUAUGCGGAUAUUGUGUGGAGGAACUGCAACCAACAGCAGAUUCUUGAUCUAGAAAAGUUACAAACUGAAGCAGCUCGUAUUGUGACGGGUGCAACCAAGUCCACGUCUUCACAAUCCCUUGCUAAUGAAGCCCAAUGGGAAUCAUUGUCCUACAGAUGUCCUCUUUAAAAUGAGCCAUCUUUCAUCCUCAACGCCUGACCCAUUGCUCCACAUGUGUGUGAGGUACUGUGCAAAUAACUUUGAAACCCUCACAGGAUCAGCAUUAAUUAAUCCGACUGAUGAAGCGAAAACAGAAUGCAACACUGUACAGAAUACUUCAGGGAUGUCCGCUUUCCCUACAAAUUUAUCAAACAUGAUAUUUACCUACAUAGGGAGAUAUCUCCGGACUCGGAACAAAGCUGAGUUUGUACAGCUGAUGUCGCUGUUUAGCGAUCCCAACAAGACACCACUGAGAUGAGUGUCACUGCAACAAGAACAUGACCUGUCUACCUCCCUCCCGCAGUCAAUCUUCAAUCAGCCGUUACAAUAUUUAGAUCUCUGCUGUUGUCAGUUCUAUCAUCACUACAACAACACAAAAUCAGUUUCGGUUUUUGAUAAAAUGUGUAACUCUUUAAAUGUGUUACGACUUUCUUUUGAUCCACAGUGUAGAGCGUCAGGGUAUCACAUAGACAAAUCAAACGAUCUUGCAGACCCCAAUGAGGAUUUUACUCAAUCUCAUGAAGACGGUGACACGACCAUCACUGUUCCAACAGCAGCAAAUGAAGAGGAUGUCGCCUCUGGCGUAAAACAAUAUAAAUUUCGUGCGCUGACAUGCUUUGUUCUGAAUGUAGACAAAAAACUACCCAAAGAUGCUGAAAAUAUCAGAUGGUUUUUCUCCAAAGUGAUAUCUACCUCGUUUACUUAUCUCACACAUCUGCAGUUUCUUGGACUUGGUUUGACAGAGUUUGGCCUUGGGUUCCUAGGGAAUUUGCCAAAGCUGAUAUCAUUGGGGCUCUCAGGACAUCAAAUUAAAGAUCUAGGCGUUGGCCUUCGACAAAUUGCCAAAGCUAAAAAUCUCUGCCACCUGGACCUAUCAAUGUUCGACGAGGAACCCUGGCUGUACAAUGCCCCAGAGAAGAGUAUGAGCGAGCUUUUAGAAAGCCUGCCCUCACUGACCUCACUUGAUAUUUCUGGGACAAACUUGGCUGGAUCAAAGGUCAAACACCCACAUGGUGAUCAGGCCAAACAUCCAAGUGAUGAAAAGACAAUCAGUGGAAGUUUCGGUUGCAGAAAAUUUUCAUUCCUGGGACUAUGUAAUUGUCAUGAACUUCCGAUCACCUGGGAAAAUGUACCAGCCGAGCAGUUUACCUGUUUUGAGAUACUUGAGAAUUUGGUGCUAGCCGUGGAUGUGUACAAAGAGAACAGUGGGAUGGUGCUGUCUGUUUUGCAAUCACUUACAUCGUUUGUCCGGGAGACAACAGCUGGCCGAAAUUACCUGACUAAAAAGAAGGUUGCCCUAGAUAGAAAGACUCCAGUGUUGAUUGAAUAUUUACUGAGGAUAAUUCACCUGCAUCCUAGCAUUGAGGCUGUUCAGACAGUUGGCUGUUCAUGUAUUGCUCAGUUAUUGGUAAGGGAUAUGCCAUCGAUAAUCAGCAUUAGAGCCAGUCUUGGACAGUCCCUUUGUGCAAGGCUUCUGGAAACAAACAUUUCUUGUUUAAACAAUUCUUCAAAUAAGAAGCCCAUAGCCUCUUGCCUGAAGAUCUUUGGCAAGUUAAAGCUGCCCAACGAUGCUAAAUACUGCUACAGUAUGAAGCGGUACAUAAAGAGUGUGUUGGACAAGUUCUGUAACUCUGAGGACACUGCCUAUAUGGGUCAUAACUUUGAGACCUAUGCCAUGGGUCUGAUGAGAACUGCUAUUGACUGUGACGACCAUGAAACUAGGGACUUCUUAGGGCAACAGGGAUUCAUAGAGUUCCUUCUGUCAGUAGCCAGAAGGAAAAUAACCAACUGUACCAUUUUACCAUGGCAGUGUCUGUGGGGACUGACAGAUGAAGAGCCUUCUAAUUGCAUGCGAUUCCUGGCUGUACCAGAUGCCCUCCAUUUGUUCCUCGAGUGCAUAAAGAACAAAAAACAUGAUGAAUCAUUUGUGAAAGGUCUGCUUGGUGUCAUGGUGAAUGUGUCGAUGUUCUCCGAGCUAAGGAAGGAAUUACUAAAAAACGAGGAUAUGAUUGUGAUUAUAAGAGACUUGGCAGAUUCUAAAGUAAUGGAGGUAGGGGUUAAUUACAAAGCAGCCUGUGUGAUGGCCUACCUGGUCAGUGAUGGUCCGGAGGCCUGGAUACUGGACAAUCUUGACCGUUCUUCUGUCCUGUGUAAGAUUGUGACUGCUGUCCACCGCUGGGACAUCUCCAACGACAUGGAAACUGUGUAUAGUUCCCUGCAGUCCUUCCUGGAGAUGGCCCAGAAAAGUCACACCCCAGAGGCCCAGCUACUAGCUAUCUGGUCUAUCUGUAAUCUCAUCAAAACUGAAGGAAAUGUAUACUGCCAGAUGUUGAAGAUGGAAGGUGGACUUCCUAUAAUAGAGGCCAUCAAAAACGACCCAGAGACAACCCCGGAGGUUUUGGAGUUGGCUGUCAUGACGAUGGACCUCGUUAGCUAAAAGGACAUUCCUGAUAGUGAUGAUACUGUGAAGAGUGCCUUGGGAAAAGCUUAGCUAUUAGAUUUAAUGCAACUAACUAAAGAUUAAACUGUCUGACCAGAUUGGAUCAGGAGUCUCCUCUUUUAUUAGUAAUUAUACAUUUUCAUCAAUGUGUAUCAGGGAAAUCCAACCGUCAUUUUCCAUUAAGAAACUCAUACAUUCAUGCAGUAUUUUAAAAAAAAGUCUUAAAAAAAAUAUGUUACCAUGAUGUCCCUUCAAUGAGAUAUUUAUGUUAUACUAAUGUCAACUGGUCAAAUAGAAAAAUAAUUGGAAGAGAUGAAUGAAACAUGUUAAGGAGGCUUUAGAUCUAAAAUUUUACUGCAAAUCAUGUGUUGGUACUCUGUCCCAGGUUGACAGUUUCAGUUUUAGAUGAGAUCAAUAUACCUCAGCUUUAUACAUUCUACGUAAAAAGUAAUUCAUAAAAUAGACCAUAUUCAUGCUUCUGUUCUGUCUUUGCUAUCAAGGGACUUAGUUCCCUAUCAGCCAUGUGAUAGUCUGGAAACUAAAACACACCUGCAGACAUUUUCAAAAGAAAUAGACAAUCUGAUAUAAUAAACUUUAAACGAAGUUGAAAGCAGUUUUUUACAAGAAAGGAACUACAUGAUCUGAAUUUUUUUGGAGCUCUGUGACAAAGUGAGUUCAUUAUUAUCAUAAUUUAAUUUCACCUUUUUGUUUGACGUUCAAUGAAACAUUCCAACCAUCUCAAAGUGCCAUUGGUCAACAAGAAUGACACUGACUUUCUUUUGACAGUGACAUUGACCUUCCGGUGAUUAGCUUUGUUUACGGUAGUACAUGUUUAUGUUUUAUUUCAAUUAACUGUUUCUAUGCAUUGUCUCUGUUAAGCUCAAUGUUUUUUAACAUUUUAAUGUUUCUUUUUAAAACAAAUUAGGCGUGCUUGGAUUGGAGCAGUUAUUGUGAUGCUAGUUUGAUAUUGAUAUUGACAAAUAAUCAAUUGAAUUUUAUGAUAGAAAUUCACCAAAUGCGAUGACAUCACAAUAACUGGUUCGGGCCAAGUACAUGUAUAAGGUUUUUUUUUUUAAUGACACAAACUAUUAUAUGUGUAUUGUAGAACUGUGAUAUUUGAUACAAGUGACCAUACUACAAUUAAAUGUUUUAACAUGUUGUCUGGAUACAUGUUACAAGGAUACUGGUCAAAUUUUACUCAAGUGUGAACGAUUUGUGAAAGGAUGGGAGAAAAUCACCCACACUUUGAGGUGUUUACAUGGGUAUAUUUUUUGUUUAUGACUUGUGAGGUGUAUGGAUCCCCCAGUUAUGUUUGUGAGGUGUAUACAUCAAAAUAUAUUCUGUAUUAUGACCAUUUUGAAACAGUUGAUAUAUGUCAUAACCAACCUGAAGUUUUGUGUAUUCAAAUAUGUUAAUUCCAUUAUUGAAUAUUUACAGAUAAAAAACAAUAAAUGGAUAUGUGCACUUGGCUAAAGCCUGUUAAAUCUUUCUCCAUUGAUCUUACAGAGUGCUAUGUAGAAACCUGGACUUUUUAUCUAGAUUUCGUAUCACCCAUCAAUUUAAGUUAAAAGUAUAAACUCUACUGUAUAUAUAUAUAUAAAGAGAGAAAAAGAUAGAGGGGACGGAGGGAGAGACAUGUACGAUGAGCUAGUAUUUAGAACAGCAGUGAAUAUGAAGGGAGAUAAUUCAUACUGUUCCAGUAAUCUAGCUGUUAUACACUGUACAGAAGGUAGCAUGUGUAUAUUUCAGUUGGAUUGAACGAAAAAAAUGGAUUUCAUGAAAAAAAAUACUAUGAUAAAAUAUUGAUGUAUUGAUUUUUUGAAGUGAUAGAAUUUGUGAUAAUUUUUAUAGGUUACUUGAUCAUUGAAUCUGAUACCUUUAACAAUGUCGGUGUUACCUGCCUUUACUGAUAUCAAAGGGUAAGAAUAUGAUUGUGUGUUAGUAAAACCAUUGUUUAUGACUGUGCAACAAAUUCAUACCAGACACAUGUUGAUACAGGUACAGUUGUCGGUAAGGGCAUUUACACUGUACUGUGUUGUGUCUAGUGGUCUAGGUGAAAUAGCUGUAAAGGUCAAACUUUUGCCUUAGUUUUGGAAAAGUCACAUAGGUUGGCAAAAUUCCAUAAGUGCAUGUCAAGGUCACAAACCUACGACACCAUUUAUAAUUAUUGUGUGACUUCAUUGACGUUGUCAUGUCCAAGGUUUAUACUGUGAAAGUGAAGUAUCUGGCAGGUUUACACAAUUCAGGUCUCAAUUUGCUCAUUUUUUUGAAAAGUGUAAAAAGAGAAAUGCUUUUUUAAUUUAUAAUUUCUCAGUUUUCAAGGUGAGUGCCUUUCUCAGGUGUUGAACGGUGAUCAACGACAUUUUGUCACAUGACCUUGAAUGGUCAAUAUUUUAGGAAAUCAUGUCCCAGAAGAUUGCAUUACCGGUAAGCUGGUAGUCACAUUCCGAUUGGUUACGAAUAUAUGAAAUUGUUUGUAUACAAAUAUAUUUUUAGAGCGUUUCCUUUUGAUUAUUAUAUAUCAAAUGUACAAACAAAUCCGAAUUGUCUGCUGCAGGUUAACUUUAGCCAAUCAUGGCUCUCUGGUGCCUUAACACCAUGUGAUGGGCAGAAUUCAUCUUGCUACAGAUAAUUAGAUUUUUUUGUUAUUUCAUGAUUGGUUAUGUAUAUAAAUAUUUCCUUAACAGUCUAACAACUUGGAAAACAAAGAAAAUAUUUUAAAUAUUUAAGCAAAACUGCGAUAAAGUUUUUGAUCAAUGUUUUGUUUCCUUUUGUUUUUGUUGAAAUGAAAAUUUUACAAAUAUUGACAUUUCAUUUACACAUGUCAUUCACCCAAUACAUUUUACAAAUGUACAGAAUCUGUUUAUAAUUUUGUUUGUUUUACAUAUUAAAAAAAUAUC